GUCUACCGCUGGAACUGGUCUGCGUACUCUGCUGCCGCCGCCGCCUCGCAGCACCGCUCCCUCGCCGGAGCUGCCCAGCCCCGCACCGCCAUCUGCUGCACCUCUCCAGCCUGGCGUGCGGCACCUUCACCGGAGCUGCCCAGCCCCGCACCGCCAUCUCCUGCACCGUUCCGGGGCAGGUGACACACACGCUGGCGGGGCACCACGGCUGGUCUGGUCUGGCACCGGCUGGUCUGGCACCGUAGCCCCUCUCCGCAAACAAACUGGCGUAAAGCUGCCCGGGACGGAGCUGCCUAGCGUCACGAAGACCGGCUGGUCUGGUCUGGCACCGGCUGGUCUGGCACCGUAGCCCCUCUCCGCAAACAAACUGGCGUAAAGCUGCCCGGGACGGAGCUGCCUAGCGUCACGAAGACCGGUAAGUGGCCCAUGGGUCACCGCACUCCCAUCUCCUGCACCGCUCCCGCCUGGCGUGCGGCCACCUUCACCGGAGCCGCCCAGCCCCUCACCACCACCCGGGAUUCACCGCCCAGCCCUGCCCCGCCCUCGCCUGCACCGCCCAGCCCUGCCCCGCC